AUGAUGCUAUUUAAAUAUCGUUUAAUUACAUUAUUACUAUUUGUUACAUUAUGGAUUUAUAUUUUUUAUGAAAUAAAACAAUCAUCAAUGAUUAUACUGGGUGGAGAAUUUGAACCAGUAUGUAAAUAUAAAAUAAAGCCAAUGUAUAAACCAUAUUAUAACUUUCAUAAUGAUACCAUACAUAUUGCUAUGCUAUUAGCUGGUGGUAUUGAUAAUUGUAACCAAGCAGAAACACUAAUUAAAUCAAUAUUAUUUCAUCAAAAACGAUGGUAUUCCUCAAAACAUGAUGAUUGUUGUAAUUUUAAAUAUUUUACACAAUUUAAUUCAAAUUGGUUACAAUCCAUAGAUCGUGUUCGAUCAUUUAAAGGGAAUAAUAAUAAUAAUAAACGAUUAUCUAUUGUAUUUCAUUUUAUUGUUGAUCAAUUACCAUAUGAAUUUAUGUAUACAUUAAUGUCUGAUUGGACAUUAGAUGGAAUCAGUGUACAAUUUUAUCAAAUUAAAAAUUAUGAAGAACGGAUCAAAUCAUUUAAAUCUUCACAUCCCACUGGACAUAAAAAUUAUCUCAAGUUAUUAAUUACACAAAUUUUACCUAAUGAAAUCAGGAAAGUUAUUGUACUGGAUACAGAUAUGUUAUUGAAUGAUGAUAUAUCAAAUCUAUGGAGCUUAUUUGAUGAGUUCAACAAGGAUCAAUGUAUCGGUAUUGCUGCAGAACAGAAUCCAACUUUCUACAGUAAAAUGGGACAAAGAUUUUGGCCAGCAUUGGGUUACGGUUAUAAUUCUGGUAUUCUAUUAAUUCAUUUAACUAAAUUACGUGCAAGAGGUUGGGAUGAAAUUUGGAUGAAAACUGCAUUUAAUUUAAUUGAAGAAAAACGAAUUUUACCAACCGGUGAACAAGAUGUUAUUAAUGCUGUAUUGAAUAAAAAUAAACAAUGGCUAUAUGAGUUACCAUGUAAAUGGAAUAUUCAAUUAAGUGCAUUUUCAAUACGUGAACGUUGUCCAGUUGUAUGGGAAUUUUUAAUGAAUAAUAAUGAUAAUUAUAGAAGAGAAAAAGCAUUACAUGAUGAUAUUGUAUUAAAAUAUCCAAAUGCUAAAUUAAUACAUUUUAAUGCACAUGUAGAACCAGAAUAUUUUUUUCCUAUUCCAUUAAGAUUUCCAUUACCUAAUGACAAAUCCGAUGAAUAUCAUUCAACUAUUCAAUUAUCAAGAAAAUACUUUCAAUUAUAUUAUAAUUUACGAAGUAUGAGUCGACAUUGUUUCCUGUGA